GUGUGUAGAGUCUUAGAGGUGCUCGAGUGUGUGAGUGUGUGUGUGUGUGUGUUUCAGCAUGUUCUCCGUCGCUCGGCUGCUUUUGCUGCUGCUGCUGCUGGAGAUCUCCAUGAGCUUGAGGAAGAUCAGCCGACACAACGCGCUCAAAGUCCGACAGGAAUGGAGUGAUGUUGAUGCUGAUCUCCCUCAGCUGCAGCUGCAGACGGUCCUCUUGGAUCAGGAGGUGUGUGUUCGUGUUCGACUCUCCAUCAGGCCUCUCUUGUCAAAUGAAACUCUGGAGAUCGUCUUCAUUAACCCUGAGAUGGGGAAAUCAGACACACUGAUCAUGAGGAGAAAAAACACACUGCUCUUGUGGAACAGCAGUGCUGGGGAUCCGUUUUUUCAGCCGUACAGAACUAAACUCCAGAUGAAUGAAGCGAGCGCAGUGUCCCAGCAGGCCGUCUGGAUCCUGCGCUAUAACUGUUUCUCAGCUCCGUCUGGAUCUGUUGUCUCAGUCUCUGCUCACAGUAAUGACCAGACACUCAUCACUGCGUCACACACCGUCCAGCACACAGCAAAGCGUGAGGAACCUGUUCCUGAAGCCAGAAUCACAGUGGAUGAGCAGGAGAAACGCUUCAGUUUACUGAUGAAAACCCAGCAGAACACCAAGAUCAGCCUGUGCUACAAACACUCGUCUGCUGAGUGUGUGGAGAUAAAACACCACGGCCAGGUUGACCCACAGGAGCGUCCAACAGUGAACCUGAGCUUCCCUCAUCUGGUGCCAUGUGUGUGUGUUCAGCUGUGGUUUGAUGGCGUCGAUGUCAAACGGAAAACAGAGUGUCCCUUAAAAGACAGGAUCCUGUCACGUGGAGGUGAUGUCCUGUCCUCCAGCACUGUUGAACUCUAUGGCUCUGUUCUGCAUUGGAAGCCUCUCUGUCCCUCUGACCAAUCAGAUCCCUCUGUCUCACUCUGCUGGCGAAUAAAUGUCCAGGACCCCCACUGUGUCCCCGCCCCCAACAGCACCCUGCAGGGGUCAAACCUGGAGUAUGAUGUGUCUGCAGUGGACAAACACCCUCAGAUGUGUGUGCAGGUUUCUCUGAACAGCAGUGAGCGGAUCUUCUGUCCAUUCCAGUCAGAGGGCCGCUCUGAGUGGUCCGUGAAGCUGGUUUCGGGGUCUCUGCAUCUGCAUCUGCGGCUGAAGACUGACACUGAUGCUAAUUUCUCCGCUCAGCUGUGCCAAAGAGACGGAGACGUGUGUGUUUCUACAGGACCAGUCGUCUCACGCACAGUGACAGGAGGCGCUGUAGAGUCAGACAUCAGUGUUUCCCUGCCCUUCCUCUCCUCUGGACUCUGUGUGCAGGUUUGGCGUGUGGAUCUUCAUGGUCGGCGGAUCAUCUGUCCUGACUUGGUGCACCGCCGCUGGGGUCUCCUGCUGGGCUCUGCUGUGGUUCUGCUGCUGCUGCUGUUCUGUGUCACACUCCACCUGCUGGACAGGAGCAGAUCAGUGUUGCGCGGGUCCGAGCGCCGGCCGCUGCUGUUGGUCUGCUCCUCCAGUGAUGCGCAGCAUGUCUCUGCCGUCUGCAGUUUAGCCUCUGGCCUGCAGGGGGAGCUGUGCAUGGAUGUGCGGCUGGCGCAGUGGGGGCAGUGCUGCCCGCAGUCGUCUCUGGCUCAGCUAGGACCCGUCCCGUGGCUGUACGGCCAGACCCAGAGCGUGCAGAGGGCCGGCGGGCUGGUGCUGAUCGCCUGGAGCCCUGAAGCACAGCAGGAGUACCACAGAUGGAGGAGGAACGCUGCUGAAGAAGAGAAACCGGCGGAGGCGUCCUCCAUUACGGCUCCAGAGGCGUCCUCCAUUACGGCUCCAGUGUUCAGAGCGGCGCUGUCCUGUCUGUGGACGGGGAUACACAGUGAUGCCCGCGGACGGGGAUUUGGAUUAGUUUGCUUUCAGACUCUCGAUAACAACAGCUGCAUCCCGAAGCCACUGCGCUGUGUGCCGAAGUUCUGCCUCCCGAAGGAUCUGCCCAGUUUAAUCCACCAGCUGAGCGCGGCAGGGGAUGGAGCCGGGCGCUGCUGGACCCGUCUGCUGUCCAAAGUGCUGUCGUUUUCUGCAUCACGAAAACUGGCUCCGAGACUGGAGGCGGCGCUGUCAGUGCGGGACCCGCUCAUCCUCCAGACCCCACAGAAGAGAGCAAACACACGCGGGAAACACAGACGCAGAAGUAGAGCUGGAUCUGUGUGUUCAUGCCAAAAGCAGAGCUCAGAGUCAAACCCCGCUCCACAUCUGCCAUCAUAGAGGCUCACAGUCAGGAACUCUCUGGUGGUGCAUUAUGGGAUAGUGAAGCAUAAGGAUGUGCACUUCAGAAUCUCAGCAGCAGCACCAGUAGGUCAUUCAGGUACUUCUCACAUACUGUUUAACAAUACUGUGAAUUCAGACAUACUACUGCGCUCACUAUAGAGUAAGGAAGUCAGCAGGGUCUGCAUCUCAGUUGUCAGUAUACAGCCUUUAGGCAUACUGUGGUGUUGUUGUGUUGCAGUAAUGACAGAUCUUACUUUAUAGAGCGCUACUUCAUCAGCAGUCAUUAAAGGUGCUAAUUAAAGGUCAUGUGACAUUAAAAUAAACUUAUUUUAGAUGGUAAUAUCAGUAUGUUAGUAAUCUAGAAGCCAGUGUUCUCAAUAAACUGACAGAAUUAGCAUUUUGAAGAUGUAAACAUCUACAGUUUGCAGUUUGUCUCUUCCUCCUAAAUGCAUCAGGGAUCUUUCUGUCGUCACCUCAUACUUCAGUUUCUCAUCAAGUUUUCUGACCAAUCAAAUGCUCUCUAGUGUCUGACUUCCCCGCCCCCUUCUUCUCAUUGGCUGUUUAUUUGAUGCUCUUGAGCUCAACCACUCUGGCAGAGCUGUGAGAAAAACAACAUGCUAUUGGCUGAUUUUUUAUAAAGGGGAGGGGCUAGUCUAUGCCCUGCCCUCUUGUCAUGUUUUAGUUGAGAUUACCUCAAACGUCCAGUACAAUCGCACAUUUCAAAGCACUUCACUGGAGCUUUAAGGUUGACUGACUCUCCACACAGCAAGCAACUCCUCUACGCUUCUCAGGUGUGCCGUUCUGCUGGUUUAAUAUGUGACAUGCCUCAGACAGUUAUACUCACUCACUUGCAGUAUUUUUUGGGUUGCCAGGUAUGCAUUUCAUGAUCAGCGUCCACUAAGAAAUCAUCCAGUUCACAUUUUGUGCACAUUUACGUCCCGCUCACUUUUAGAGACUGACUGUUUAGAAUCAGGUGAUUAAGAAUAAUAUGAACGUAAGCUUUUGGAUCUCAUACAGCUGUCCCCACCUCUUUUAAAAUGUCCGCUACGCCCCUGGGUGAGAGUAAUGAAGAAACUAUAAAAAACAGAUCUAACAUAGACUCUUCUCUUCUUCUCCAAUAAAUGUGUCUUUAGUAAAGAAUUUAGAAAUGCAAAUCAAGACAGAAAUAUUGAGGAGAAGGUUUUGUUUGCAGGCUUCACACAGUGUUUGAGUCUUUGUGUUGUCACUCCUCAUUGCACUGCAAAUAUGCUUUCCUUACUUGGAGUUUAAGUGAGAUUUUCCUUCAAAUUUUUGAGUUUUACCUUAACACAAGCCUAACAUUCUGCCAGUGGGGUCAUUAAAGUGUUUAGUUUUAAAACCAGACUAUUUUACGAUUAUUUACAAGUUUUUUUAGGGUUGCCAGGUAUGCACUCCAGCAUCAAUGUCCACUAAGAAAUGAUUCUGCUCACAUUUUGUGCAUGUGAGGAAAACAAACAUUUUGAGCACAUUACUGACGCAUCCCCAAAUAAAACUAACCGCAUUUCUAAGAGAGCCGGGAAACCUGCAACUCUGGCAACCCCAAUUUCCUAGUUUUUAUUACGAACGUCUGAAGUAUGUGAAGGAACUGAAAAGCCUCUCUGCUGCUCUCUGACGGGUGAUAGUAAUGAAUAUAUGCUACAGAAGAGACUUCAUCUGACAGAAAUAAACAUCUUUAUUAAGGAAUAUUUGAAUAUCCAAAAUGGAAAACAAGACAACCUGAAAACAAAAAGUUUUGUUGUGUUUUUGCAGGCUUCACACAGUGUUUGAGUCUUUGUGUUGUUACUCCUCAUGCUGUUUUCAUUGCACUGCAAAUAUGCUUUCCUUGCUUGGAGUUUAAGUGAGUUUUUCCUUCAAAUUUUUGAGUUUUACCUUAACACAAGCCUAACAUUCUGCUAGUGUGGUCAUUAAAGUGUUUAGUUUUGAAAUCAGACUCUUUUAUGAUUAUUUAGCUUAAGGAAAACUUACUUUAAUUUUGACUUAUUAUUUAUAAAAUCAAAACAAAUUUUGAGCUUGUCUAGAAAAUGCCCUUUGAGUUCAUCUCUUUAGAUAUUUGGACUUUAAAGAAGCCUAAAACUCUCAGUAAGAACAGCCUUUUCAGCAGUGUGUGUGAGAGAUUGUGUUACUUGUUUGUUGUCAUUUGUAAGUUGCGUUGUAUAAAAGCAUUUGCUGAAUGUUUGCAUGUGAAAUAAUGUAGUAAUGUUAAAAGCAUUCAUAAGCACUCCUGUAAAUAGUCUUCUGAAGGCAGCUGUAAGCACAUGUGUUGGCUGUAGAAAUGUGAAUAUAUUUGAACAUUAUAUUUUUGUAUCAGUAUAGUGUAAAUAAACGUAUCACACAUCCA